UCUUUUUUAUUCUGUAGUUAAUAUUUUGUGCAGCUUAUCAAAUAGCAGGACUAGCGAAGCAUAUCUUCCAUAUUUAGUGCUUCCAGUACCACCUGUCUUUAAAGCUCUGUUGAAAAACCUGUUUUAACUUUAUUUACCUGUUGAAUCAUUUACCAAAUGUUUUUUUAAAACAGGUCAGUUCAAGGACAUUGAGAAAUAUUUUACUUCCCUGAUUUAGCUAUGUAUUUGGUGAUUUUGUUUAUCGUGUUCUGUCCAUUUUGUCAAGGGUAUUGGAGCCUGUAUGCCAGUCCAUCAACUUCAAUCGGAAAAAAUAACGUCACCCUUUAUUGCAACUUUGAUGAAUAUACUGAUAAGAAUAACAUUAUCCCUGAAAUGGUCAUGGAAAUUCGAACAAAAAACAAAAGAGACUGGAAAGAACUUGCAAUGACUAAUAUCACGGGAUCCUACCCUUUCCAAACAGAUCAAAGCUUGGACAUUUAUAGCAUGUCUUCUUUCAGUUGUCGCAUGAAUCGUAGGAGUGAAAUAUAUUGCAGGACAAGGAUAAUUGUCUCCUUUACACUGAACAUGUGUUCAAUUGACACAAACCUCUACACAAUCUUUCGAUGUAGAGUGUCCAACGGAAGUGAAAUUUUUGAAAGUCAGGAAAAAAGUUUCGUGCUGACAAAAGGGAAAUCUCCGAACAAAAUUCAGGCCCCCACCAUUGUAAAAAGCAGCGGAGAAGGACCAGGAGACGUGAUGCACCUUAAAUGCAUUGCCGACGUUGAAAGCAUAAAUGGGCUACCAAGCCAGAACAUCAGAUGGUGCAAGAAUAUAUCUGGAAAAUUUACUGAAAUAUCUCUACAAGACCUUCCAGUCACUGCAGUAGUAUCUAGCAGCAACGAUGGAUGCAUGCCUAUACAGCAAUCGGAGAUCUUUUACCACAUCAUGAAAAGUGAUGCAUCCCUAGAAAUAAUGUGUGAAUCAGGCUACAACAAAUACACAAGUGAAUGUGGAAAAGGAAGUGUAAAUGCGACGGUAUUCAUUAACAUCCAAACUUCGACUGAAGCAGGGGGACAGUGGAAAGUAUCUCCUAUCGUGAUAUACGACGAAAAUGAAGUUAUAAAUGGACAGUAUCUCAACACACAAGGAAUUGGAAGAACCAUUCAUCUGUUUUGUAGUGCUUCCUCCUUCACAUCUAACGAAAAGCCGAUGAACUGGUGUGUAAAAAAGACAGCCAAUGCUAACUGGACAAAAGUUGUCACGCAAGAAGAUGAAAUAAAGUCUUCAGCAAAUAAAAGUGGUGGAGAAAUGAUAAUGUUCAGUCGAAUUACUUAUCACAUAACGGAGUACGACAAGGUUGUCCAUUUUAUCUGUGAAGUUUCUAAUUUCUCUACCAGCCCCUGUGGAUCUGGAUUACGUUUUUCAAGUCUUACAAUAAGGGUAAACGCCCAUCAAACAAUGCCAUCUGAAAAGGAAAGUACCGCCACUGUGGCUGUUUUAUCUGUCUUUCUGUGUUUGAUUUUAAUUGCAGUAACGGCUCUUGUAAUUAUCAUAUACAGAAGAGGAGAAAUAACAGUAUUUGGAAUUACAAUCAAGAUUGAAAGGAUCAGCAACUGAUUUCAACUGCCAGAGGACGGGAACAAAGUUAUUGCAGAGCCUUCUCAAGCAAACUCGUCGAAUAGUAUAGCACAGUCAAGCAUAAGAUAUAUUGAUGAGCCAAUCAAAAUCAAUUCUAAGAUUGAUGAAAACAAGACAGAGCAUAAAGGGCAAAGAGAUUCUGAAGAUAAAAUUCAGGGAUUUUACGAAGAACCAGAAUGUGCUUUGGCGGUUCAAAGACAAAGUGUGUAUGAAAAUGAAUUGUUGAAAGAUGAGAUUUUGAAUGAAGGAGAAAAACUGAAACAAAAAACUGAAUCUAAAAUAUGUGACUAUGAUGAGCUGCACAUUGAAGAAGAACAGCAAAACUACGAAGAUCUAGACUUAAAACAAGUGCAUACACGUUCAAAAGAAAAGACUCGUGAAAAGAACGAGUCUUUUCUUUUUUCCUGAAAGAAGAACACAUACAAAAUUAAGCAUCUGAAUCAUAAAACAUUGAUCACUUUCUAGGAAAAGUUAUAAAAUGUUUCCUUGAGAAAAGAACAUUACUUAUCUUGUAUUUAUCAAUGAAAUGUUCAGUUAUGUAUUAUUUUAGAUUCAUGACUUGAUUUGUAGGUAUAUAUUUUGAACAAUCUUUUAUUACGUUUAAAAA